AUGAAAAUAUUCAUCAUGACCCUCACCGGAGAAACCAUUAUCUACAAUGUGAAAGCAAAGAUCUAUGAUGGCGCUACUAUUGCUGAUUAUAACAUCAAGAGGGAAUCCACACUCACAAUUGUUCAUGGAGUCAUGCAAAUAUUCGUUAAGAUCCGCACCGAAAACUCGAUCACUCUAGAUAUCGAACCUUUAAACACCAUCCACAAUGUGAAAGCCAAGAUCUUCGAUAAGGAAACUCAUCUCCCACACGAUCUGGCACUGAUCUAUAACGGAAAGUUUCUCGACAAUGACUGUACCCUUGCUGACUACCACAUUGACAAGGAAUAA